AUGGGCUCUUUCAAAAUAAUCUCCAUAUUCUAUCUGGUCGUCGUACUUUUCCCAUCUUUUCACCCCAAAUGUGGAGCUUCAGCUUCUGUUGAAGAGGCUGCUGCUCUUUCGAAAUGGAAAGCCAGUUUUUUGAACCAGAACAAUAGCUUCCUAACCUCAUGGAACCUUCAAUCAGGCAAUGCCAAGAAUUCUUCUAUACUUCCAUGCACUUGGGCUGGAAUUUCCUGCAUUGAUGGAAGUGUGAACAGGUUGAACCUCUCAGAUUGGAGUAUUAAAGGUAGCCUCUAUGAUUUCCCUUUCUCAUCCCUCCCAAAUCUUGAAUAUCUUGAUCUCAGCUUUAACCAUAUCUUUGGAAGUAUACCAAAACAAAUAGGUAACCUGUCGAAACUCAUUUAUCUUGAUUUCUGGGCUAAUGAGCUGUCAGGCAAAAUCCCUCCUGAAAUUUGCAACUUGAGAAACUUGAGUCAUUUAGAUUUUACAAGUAAUCAACUUUCAGGUCUCGUUCCCCUGGCAAUCGGGAAUCUGAUCUCACUUCAGUUUCUUCACCUGGAGCAAAAUAAUCUCACCGAUGCAAUCCCAAAGUCAAUAGGCAAUUUGACCAAUUUGAUUGAACUGUAUCUUUAUGAAAAUCAAUUUUCGGGUUCAAUUUCCAAAGAAAUUGGUGAUUUAAAAUUUCUUACUGAUAUGGAAUUAGAUCAGAACCAAUUCAACGGUUCCAUUCCUAGUUCAAUUGGUAACUUGAGUAACUUGGAAGCACUGACACUCUACAACAAUCAAUUUUCUAGUUCAAUUCCAGCUACUUUUGGUAACCUCAAUAGGUUGGUGACUCUAGAUCUCUCUUCCAAUCAACUUUCAGGUUCAAUUCCUGUUUCAAUUGGAAACUUGAGCAAUUUAAGAAUACUGUUUCUUCGAGAAAACCAAUUUUCUGGUACCAUUCCACAAGAGCUUGGAAACCUGAAUAAGUUGGUCGUUUUGGAAUUGGAUCAUAAUCAGUUCUUUGGUCCAUUGCCAAAACUACUAUGUCAAAAUGGAAUGCUCCAAAACAUUACAGUAUCGGGGAACAUGCUUACAGGCCCAAUCCCUAGAAGUUUGAAAAACUGCUCAAGCUUACUUAGGGCCCGUUUUGAUGGUAACCAUUUCCAAGGAGACUUGUUAGAGAUGUUUGGAAUCUAUCCAUUCCUGGAUUUCAUAGAUCUCAGCAACAACGAAUUCUAUGGAGAACUCUCUAGCAACUGGGGUAAAUGCAAACUUUUGAAAACCCUACUGGUUGCAGAGAACAACAUCACAGGUGGUAUUCCUCCAGAAAUUGGAAAUUUAACUCAACUACAUGCACUUGAUCUUUCUUCAAAUUAUUUAUCAGGGGAGAUACCAAAGGCAGUUGGGAAGUUACCUUCUAUGCUUAAACUAGAUUUACAUCACAACCAACUUGCUGGUGGUAUACCUCAGGAAUUGGGAGUGUUAAUGGAAUUUCUAGACCUGUCCGCAAACUCCUUGAAUGGAACUUUACCAGAAUUUAUGGGAGAUUUGAAACACUUGUUUCACAUGAACUUGAGCAAUAACAUUUUAAGUCAAAAGAUUCCAUUGCAGAUUGGGAAGUUAACCCAACUUUCUGAACUGGAUUUGAGUCAAAAUUUCUUCACAGGAGAGAUACCAUCUGAGUUUCAAAAUUUGCAGAGUUUGGGGACAUUGGAUCUCUCCCAGAAUAACCUCUCUGGUUUGAUCCCAAAGGCUUUGGUAGAAUUGCCUGGUUUAUUGCACAUUAAUCUUUCUUUUAAUAAUUUGGAGGGUCCAAUUCCGAGUGGUAGAGCCUUUGUGAAUCUAACCUUAGAAGAAGUAAAGGGAAAUAAAGGUUUGUGUGGCAAUAUUACAGGGUUACGAGCCUGUGAAAGUUCCCGGUUGAUUAAAAAGCAUGUCAAGGAUAAAAGGAAGGAACUUGUUCUCAUAAUUGUAUUACCUCUUCUGGGAUCAUUCAUACUUCUUGGUGUAUUGUUCGGUGCUCUGAAAUUGCAUGAUCGGAGAAAAAGAAAUUCGCGAGUGGAAGAUGUGGAGGUGAAGAAAGGCAGUUUAUUUGCCAUAUGUGCUUAUGAUGGCAAAGCAUUGUAUAAAGAAAUCAUAAGAUGUACACAAGAGUUCAGUGAAAUAUUUUGCAUUGGGAAAGGAGGUUGUGGAAGCGUUUACAAAGCACAGCUUCCAUCAGGCGAGGUAGUAGCUGUAAAAAGACCUCACAACAUACCUAAUGUGGCAAAGGAUAAAAGUUUCUUGAAUGAGAUCAGGGCCUUGACAGAAAUCAAGCAUCGGAACAUUGUGAAACUCUUUGGCUUCUGCUCAAAUGCUCAGCAUUCAAUUUUGGUUUAUGAGUACCUCGAAAGGGGAAGCUUAGCCAAAAUCUUGAGCAUAGAAGAAGAAGGUAAGGAACUAGACUGGCUAAAGAGGUUGAAUAUCAUCAAAGGCGUCGCUCAUGCUUUAUCUUAUAUGCAUCAUGAUUGUUCACCACCAAUUGUACACCGAGACAUAUCAAGCAACAACAUUUUGCUUGAUCCAGAAUGCGAGGCUCAUGUUUCAGAUUUUGGCACUUCCAAGUUUCUCAGAAGAAACUCAUCUAACUGGAGUUCUCUCGCUGGCACAUAUGGAUAUGUUGCACCAGAAUUUGCCUACACAAUGAAAGUUAACGAAAAGUGUGACGUUUAUAGCUUUGGGGUGCUAACAAUGGAAGUAAUCAAAGGAAAGCAUCCUGGUGACUUGAUUGCUCAUCUAAUGUCUUCAAAGCCUGAAAAGAUAGAACUGAGAGACUUGCUAGACCAAAGACUUCUAUAUCCCAAUCAAGAAAUUGAAAAGAUUCUGAUAUCCGUUCUCAAACUAGCAAGAGAAUGUCUACAUGUUGAUCCUCAAUGUAGGCCAACAAUGCUCUUUAUUUCCAGGUAUCUUGUCUCCUAUUAAAUGCAGACCGCAGUGCCUCACUGUUUUUACCCCUAAAUAGCACAAUCAGGCAUAAGCAGAAGAUGAUAUGAUGUAGAGUAUGUAUUCUAUGUAAAAAUAAACUCCGCAUAGCUAAUAGAGUUUAUGGAAUUGAAACCAGAACUAGUACAGGGGGAAAAUCAAGAUAUUGGAAAUGUAUCAUAAUUUUAUCAUCCUCAAAGUAAUAAUAAUAUGACAUUGUUUUCGG